AUGCUCGAGACACAGCAUCUGAAACCUCCAACUUCCAAGCCACCUAGCAAUCAACGCCAUUUUAACUUGUGCACCAAGACGCCUCCUCCUUCAUCUAAAACCCCCGGAUCAUCUCUCUCUUUCUCCACCAUGGACGGAUUAGGGGGACCGCUUGACGUUAAGAUGAUAGUUCUCAUAGGCAUUUUGGCCCUUGCAGUUGCAAUCAUCGUUAUUGUAACACAUGCAUGCCUUGCCGAUGAUGACGACGAGAUUCAUAUCAAUCGAUAUCGCAACAGGCCCCGGAGAACAAGAACACGAACAACAACAGAAACUAGAGCAACCACAACUACAAUAAGCAAUAGUUCUUCAUCUGCACAUCAUCAGUUGAUCCCAACUGUCGAAGAAAUCAAAGAUGGGAUUUGUGCUGUGUGCUUGUGCGAGUUCAAAGAUGGUGAGGCAAUUCGUGUGCUGCCCGAAUGCAUGCACUUGUUUCAUGCCGAGUGCAUCGACAUGUGGUUGAGCUCUCACUCUAAUUGCCCACUUUGUCGCACAGAUAUUGAACCUCCUCCUCAACAUGUCGUUCUGUCGAUGCCAAGUUUCAGUGAGGGAGGCCUUGGGAGCACUUGA